AUGAUGGUCUCAAAGCCGUCGGCAGCUGAAGCUAAGGGGGAAACGGUUGAUCCUGCUGAGGUGGAGGCGGCUCUUGUAGAGGAGGACAAGAAUGUCUACCUUGGAUUGUUCGCGCUGCAGCUGCUCCCUUCCCUCCUCAUCGGCUACAAGCUUGCAUCGUUCGUCUACUUCGGCCUGCUAGCCGUCAGCACGGUGUACCUGGGAUCAAAGAGGAUGGACAUCCCGGACGAGACGCGGAAUCCCAUCACCGCUGCGCAAGCUUUCGGCGCGCCUUUUGCGGCCUCGGUAUCGCUCUUCGGCGUGUUCGCCCUCCUCAAGUACACCGACAUCUCGGUCGGGAUCGCUUACCAGUACUUGACGACUUUUCUAGGCGUGGCGACGUCCGUGUCGGUGCUCCCGCCCAUCCUCCGCUCAGUCCUGCCGGAGAAUGUGGUCAACGCGCCGGUUUCAGCGCCUCUCGACACGGUGCUCGCCAAGGCAUUUCCCGAGACCUGGGAAAAUGACGACCAACCCCUCCUAGACUUCGCCGAGCUUGCCGUGCUGGUGUCGGCAACAACCGCGGCAUUCGUUUACGUUAACCCCGCGGUGGGCUUGAGCGCCAAGUUUCUCAUCCCCAACGUGUUCGCGUGGUGCAUCGGCAUGCAGUCGAUCGGUCUGAUUAGCAUCUCAACCUUUCCGGCGGCAGCGAUUUUGCUGACGGGGUUGUUCUGCUACGACAUCUUCUGGGUCUUCGGCACGGAGGUCAUGAUGACCGUGGCCACCAAGAUCGAAGCUCCCGUAAAGUUCCUGUUCCCGAGCUUGACGGACCCCUCCAAGCGGUACCCCUUCUCGGUGCUCGGCCUGGGUGACAUCGUCAUACCGGCUACCUUUUGCACACUCAUGAGGUCGUUCGACAUCUACCUGGAGGGGGCCAGACAAGCCGAGGCUGCGGCUGCCCGAGCCCUCCUGACAGAGGUAGCAAACAAGAACCCGAUUGCUCUGUGGCUAGACUCGAUCCUGGGCACACCGGUAGCACAGGCCGGCUCAGGGGUUUCCGAGGCAUCCCCGAAGGGCAUCCCCCCUGGGGGUAGAUUGGCAGCGGCGGGAGCUGCCGGCGCUGUAGGAGAGGCGGGGGGCGGCAGAUCAUACUUUGACAACAGUGUGGCGGCCUACGCGCUUGGUUUGGGACUGUGCUUCACGGUGAACUUCGUCUCUAAGUCCGGGCAGCCAGCACUGCUGUAUUUGAACCCGGCGCUACUUUCGAGCGCCAUCUUGACAGCAGUGCUCAACGGCAAUGGGGAGCUAGGCAAGCUGCUGGCGUUUGGAGUAGGGAAGGACUCCAAGGCAUCGGAAGACGACCCGUGAUAAGGACCGCGCUAACGAGUAGCAGGAGUUACCUGUUUUGUCGACCAUAUAUUUGCCGUCGAUUGUUUCAUC